GCAUUUCCUUGUUUGUGCUGGAAUUGUUGUUACUGGAAGCUGUCGUAUAAGCUAAGAUAUAGUGAAAUAAGUAUUUUAUUCGUCAUUUAACAGCUCAUUCACCUGGCUGAAAUACGCAUCAUUUAGAAGUCUGCUUCCGGGCUUUCGAGCCUAGUUUAUAGCAGCCCGAAGCUAGGGCAAUGGCGAAUCACAGGCGAAGACGAGACAGAACAGAAGUCAGCUGCUGUCUGAAAUAUGUCAUUUUUGGCUUCAACGUCAUAUUUUGGUUCUUGGGUUUCUCCAUCCUGGCCAUCGGAGUAUGGGCGUGGUCAGAGAAGAACACAUUCAACAACCUCAGCCGGCUGACACAUAUUCCGAUGGAUCCGGCCUUUGCGUUCAUUAUCGUUGGCGCCAUCACUUUCAUCAUUGGGUUCACUGGCUGUGUUGGAGCCCUUCGAGAAAACACCUGCCUCUUGGCCUUUUACGCCAUCUGCCUGGCGAUCCUGCUGCUGAUCGAGAUGACCAGCGGCAUCCUGUGCUUCAUCUUCAAAGACUGGUUCAAGGAGCAGGCCACAGAGGGCUUCAGGGCCUUCAUCGUCCACUACCGGGACGAUCCGGAUCAGCAGAACCUCAUCGACUGGAUCCAGGAGGGAUGGCUGCACUGUUGCGGUGUGGAGGGCCCCAAGGACUGGGACGGCAACCGCUACUUCAACUGCUCGGCCGUCGAAGUGGGCAGCAGCGAGGCGUGCGGCGUGCCCUUCAGCUGCUGCGUCAGAGAUGAAAACGAGAUAAUCCGCAACAAGCAGUGCGGGUAUGGGGUGCGCAGCCCCGACUAUCCGCAUGACGCUGCCAAUAAGAUCUACCAAACGGGCUGUCUACCGGCUGGAGAAGCUUGGGUCGAACGAAAUCUUCUGGUUGUAGCAGGCGUGGCUGUGGGAGUGGCGUUCCUCCAGAUUCUCGGCAUCUGCUUUGCGCAGAAUCUACGCGCGGACAUUUUCGCCCAAAAGUCCAAGUGGCGCUGACGGUGUGUGCCGCGGGCGUGACCGGUCUCCAUGGUCCGGUGACCGGUCUCCAUGGUCCCGUGACCGGCCCCAUGGUCCCGUGUGGUCCCGCCGGCGCUCCACCUCUCUCCCUCGACUCUACUCCUCUGUCCUGACCUGUCCCGGGGUCAGCAUGCUGACCGGCCGCCCCUCAACCGCUGGGGUGAUGAUUAAGUAAUCGCUCAAGGUUUUUUUUUUUCGCUAAUGAUCUGUUGGUUGAUGCAAAAGCGAUAUUGAUAUGCUAGGAAAAUUUUAUUGGAUUUUAUGGUACUAGUGGAAUUUUUCAAUGGGAUAUCUAAAGCCAAAAUUUACGUAAAGCGGAACUUGUUCCACAGGCUCUGAGCUUAUUUUUACCAAAACUGUCCAUCAUCCAGUACUUUUUCGGCUUAAAUAUUUGAGUCAACAAUGAAUAUUUCCAUUAAGUCGGGGUACAUUUAGCCAUAGCAUUUGCCCAUCCAAGCAUUAUUUGUGCUUGAAGAUAUUUAUGUCCGUUAGUGGACUGGGUCAAUUUCCGUUCUAUAUUUACGGGGACGUUUUUUACGCCACCUUUAUCCUCUCAUUAUCCUUGACAUUUUCCAUUGCAUCCAUCCUCCACAUGUUCGUUGCUCUGCGCCGGAUGCUCUGCUGCCUAUUCUUGUAAAGACUCGCUCCUCUGCGGAAGCCCUCCAGCUUCCUGUCUUCCAGAAAACUUCUACCGUGCCCGAUAUGAAGCUCUCUAUUCAGAGUAUGUGGUAGCGCUUUGGCAGAUGUUUUUCAUAUCGCCAAAGUGUGACGUCAGAUCUGCCGACCGGAUUGGUGGGGAUAGACUGUCGCGACUUUUGAUUGGUCAGCGGGUCGAGUCCUUGCUCGGUGAUUGGUGGAAAGUGAUGACGUGACAGAACAGUCGAAUCUCAUUCCUUUCGGAAGCGGCCAAGGAGGGUGCUGUUUCAUCGCCAAGCUUUCUGAAUGAUAUUCGUGGUGAAUUCAUCUUCUGAAUGGUAUUCGUGGUGGAUACAACUUGUGGAAAGACGUACCGACAAAAAUCAAACAGGGGUUGGUCAGCGCUGGACUUAUCGCGACGAGCAUUGAGUGUCCAUUGGUAGAUACUGAUCAUAUGAAAAGGCUUUCGAGUGUGAAACAACUGUGCUUGACAACAUUAUGUCUGAGUACAUGUCAGAAGUGAGGGUUUGCGCGCGUUACGAGCCCAUCAUAGGUUAACGCAAAAUAACGGUACUAAAACGGUCGUGUUUUGACCGGAGCACGUGCUGUACGAAUGACAACAAUGUCCGAGAUCGUACUCGUGUCGCGCUCCACGAUGUAUAGGGUAAAGUCACUGAGAUUAUGUACUACUUAGCGUAGAUCGUGCGAGCUCUGUAUAUGCCAACGUCCCGAAGCAUAAGCAUGUGAGUUAAAGGAAAUAGUUCACUUUCCUGAAAUUAGUAUUUUGCUAUGGAUUUAUGUUUUUUUAUGCUCAAAAUGAUCAGAAAAUAAAACAAAACGUUUUUGUAAAAAGGAUUAUUUUCUAUAUUUUAGUAUAGGAAGAACUAUAUUCUAUAUGAAAUAAUGUUUGACGCGGAAGCUUAUUACGCGUUGACCAAUCAUAUUGCGUAGGACAAACCCAUCGGCUGUAAGCAGCAUUCUGAUUGGCUGACGAUGACGUGACUGCAUUCCUCUGCAAGGCACGCAUUCCUCUGCAAGGCACUCUUUUCGGAACGAAAAAUGGAAUAUCUUCGUCUAGGGUGAUCGUUGGGCCGUAAAAGCUUCUGAUUUGUGCUAGUCUCAGCGCAAGCAACAAAACUGCUAUUCCAGUUCCAAACCCCAUGUUAAAAGUGAACUAUUUCCUUUAAGCGAGUGAGAGUGACCUCCCGCUCAAAUGUUCCCGAACGGCGCCGAAAAACUAACGCCGAAUCGCCGCAGUUUCGAUGUAAGCGUUUCGGUUGGACUUUCUCCCAAAUCUCGGUAGUGUUCCAUGCAUCGCUGAGUUAUACUCAGCCUAACCUUUUGAAUCGGAACGUGAUGUCAGUGCGGUACGAGCGAAUGGGGUGUAUCCACUCGUCCGAUGCGUAGUCGUGGUUUAAGUGAGCGUUUAUUGUCUGCAUCUCUGUUUGCGUGUGUGGCUGGGGAUGUGUGCGCGCCCGUCCCCUUCUGGGGUGCUCGAAUGACGCGCCACACUGCAUGGUAUCCGCGUGGUGCACUACGCUGCGAAAACAACCACAUGCACACUCACAUUUGCACUACAACUUCACUAGUACCUAUCAUUCGCCGAUGAUGUGGUCUAGCCCCGCGGAAGUGUCGGUCGCAGAUGAUUUCACAGCCUUGGAAUGUCCCAAGUGCAAUGUGUGUGAAUGGAACUACAUACACUCGAAGGCGGCGUCGGUACAGCGGUGUAGAUAUUAGCGUUCGCACAAACUCCGUGUGCUAUCAAGGUAAUAUGUUGCUGUGAUGUCUGUAAAAAACGUUUACGAAUGCGCAGAAAACACUCAACGUUUUUACUUCGCCGUCGUUCUAAAGGGCGUCAUGUUACAUGUAUUUCGCUUCAUUGACUGUUUUACCGCAUGGGCAAACGAUUACGAUCAAUCAUAAGACAGGCACGUUUGCUGGAUGCUUGGUUGCGGAUUCUUAUUUACAAAUGUCUAGUUAAGUGUCUAUAUGCUAGCUUUAAGAUCAACUCCGUUAAUUUUUGCACACUAUAAUGGAUACGUUGAUAACCGGUUCGCUUUUGCUUCAUUCUAUAUUUCUAUGGCACAUUUUCACUGAUGUAUGCCCGUGCGCCUAGCUUCUUAGAACUUGGUUUACUGUGUCGUGUUGGUAGUUUAUUCAGCUUUUAUAUAAUACAUGCACUGGUCGAGAUAAA